CCUCAUCCACCUCCUCUCCCCUCCCCCCACUCGCUGCUCGUCUUCUCGUUCUCUCGCUCGCGCAUCGUCUCUUGUGCUUCUCCACCUGUUGUUCCAUUUUCUCCUCGCUUAUCUCUUCCUCGCUCGCUCUCCCUUUCGCGCACCAGAAAAGUCGUUUUUUAAUUUUCGAGUUUCCGUGGAAGAUUCUCGAUACCUGUCCCUCGUCGUCGUCCUCCUCCGCCGGCCGCCGCCGACGACCGCAGCAGGGGUGGAUCCGGGGCGGCGCCGAUUCGAGCAAUUCAAGUGGUUCAUUUCAUGGCCUGUAUCAAUAUACUUAUAUAUCUCCAACACUUACCAAGGAAUGGAAACAAACUCAUCAUGUAACAUGGGCUGCAAAAUCUGUCCCUUCUUUUCUAAUUUGAAGUGUGCACAUAUUUGCUAUAUUUUCCAUUAAAAAAAUAUACUACUCUCUUUCCAUAAUGUUCAAUUAUAAGUUUGUUGUUUUGUUGUUACUGAUUUUUGUUUUUGGCUUUUUGCACACCAGUAUCCUGGUAGGAUCCCACUGAAUUCAACUGUUGAACAAAAAGCCAGGAAGGUGGCUGUUCUUGUGGCACUCAGUGCUAGUGGAAGUGCUCCAGUACUGUACAGGACCAUGGAUGCUCUUUGUGAUUUCUGCAGGGAGCAAAGGUCAAUGGUCUAUUGCCGAUCAGAUGCAGCAUCCUUGUGCUUGUCGUGUGAUCGUAAUGUGCAUUCAGCCAAUGCCCUUUCCCGACGCCAUACAAGAACCCUUCUUUGUGAUCGUUGUGUUGGACAGCCUGCAGCAGUCCGUUGUCUUGAAGAGAACACCUCACUUUGCCAAAACUGUGACUGGAAUGGACAUGGGGCAGCAUCCUCAGCUGCUGGGCAUAAAAGGCAGACCAUAAACUGUUACUCGGGGUGCCCAUCGUCGGCAGAGCUCUCGAGAAUCUGGUCCUUUAGUAUGGAUAUCCCAACUGUAGCUGCGGAGCCAAACUGUGAGGAAGGAAUAAACAUGAUGAGCAUUAAUGACAAUGACGUCAAUAACCAUUGUGGUGCUCCAGAAGAUGGCCGCUUGUUGGAUAUAGCUAGCACAGCACUCAUGAGUGAUUUACCUACAGGAGACAAGUUCAAACCUUUAAUAGGUUCUUCUUCAGGAGAUGGGAUGAAUCUUCUGCCACUUAAUUCAGAUCAGCCAGCUGAGCCAGUUUCAACGACGCCUAAGGCACCCUGUGUCACAGACAAAGAUAUGUUCAAUGAUGGGAGCGUAUAUGGAGACUUCUGUGUGGAUGAUGCUGACCUAACAUUUGAGAAUUAUGAAGAAUUAUUCGGUACCUCUCACGUUCAAACAGAACAACUCUUUGAUGAUGCUGGAAUUGACAGUUAUUUUGAAAUGAAGGAUGUGCCAGCAGAUGAAUCUAAUGAGCAGCCCAAACCUGUGCAGCCAGAAUGUAGCAAUGUCGCAUCUGUUGAUUCUGGGAUGUCAAACCCAGCUGCAAGGGCUGAUUCCAGCCAUUGUAUUCCUGGUAGGCAGGCUAUAUCCAACAUAUCCCUUUCCUUCUCUGGUUUGACUGGUGAAAGCAGUGCUGGAUAUUUUCAAGAUUGUGGGGUAUCGUCAAUGAUCCUUAUGGGUGAGCCACCCUGGCAUCCUCCUGGUCCUGAAAGUUCAUCUGCUGGAGGCAGCAGAGAUAAUGCUCUUACACGGUACAAGGAGAAGAAGAAGAGAAGAAAAUUUGACAAGAAGAUAAGGUAUGCUUCUCGUAAGGCUAGGGCAGAUGUGAGAAAAAGGGUCAAAGGACGGUUUGUAAAGGCUGGCGAAGCAUAUGACUACGAUCCGCUGAGCCAAACAAGAAGCUACUAAAGCCUUUCACUCGAUUGGUUUCGUCCAGUGUUCAAGUAGCAAUUUUCAGCAGCUGAUUUGAUGUUGGUUGCACGGCAAGCAUGAUCACUGGAGAACACAAGCAAUUGCGGCAGACCUUGCAAUUGAAAACGGGGAAAGGAAACCAAACGCUGUGAUCAAAUCAAAUUAAUGAAAUAAAAAAGGAAAAAAUAGGAUGCAAACAUGCGAGAAGCUCAUGGAUGGUAAUGCUCCAUUUUCUCCUGUACAGUUCAUGCAUCUUCAGUUGCUUCUGGUUGAGAUGUCUGAAUCACUCUCUACCAUCUGUGCAUUAAUCAAAUACAAAUACAUGGGCCUACCGCACGACGACGAACGCACCUGCUUCUGUUGUGAUGUUUUGUGUUGCGGCUGUCAGGCUGGAUCUCUAGGUAACAUGAUUAAUUAUACUACUGAUGGAAUUUGCACCGCUGUAAUAUUAUUUACGAAUCACAAUCUGCCGUGGGAUUGUUCUUCUGUCGUGUAUGUAUGUGUAUAUAGAUGGAUGGCUGUUAAGAAAAUAUUGUGACGAUUAUAAAGUUUACCUUUGUAAAUGAUAGUAAAAUGCUGCAUUGAUCUGUA